GCGGCGGCGGUACGAGGCAGCCCCGCUGGUGACACUUUCCCCCAAAUCCGCGGCUUCGCUUCUUCGCAGACGACGAGGCGGGACGGUCGGAGGCUGAAGCGACGACACUCGAGCGGCCGAGACGAGCGUCGACGCGCGUUAUUAACGGUUCUCCCGCUGAAGCUUCCCGCCCACGCGGACGAUCGGCCGACGACGUUUCGAGGGUGCGCGCGUGCUGGGGUCGAAAAUCGGAAAGUCGGAACCUCCCGAGCGGCGCGCAAGGACCUCCAGAGGAACGGGUAUCGCCUCUCGGGAGGGAGGGAGGGAGAGAGAGAGAGAGACGCGGGAGAUUCCUGCGCUUUACUCUCCGGAACGGGAGAAAUAAAAUCCCACACAGGACAACGUGAAAUGCGGUCAUCCCGGACGCGCGGUCGGUCUCGCACGAACGAGGCGGGGGGCUGUUGAGCGGCUUGAGAGGCGAGACGUCGCUUGUCCGUCGUGUUCUGCCGUCUUUUUCUUUUUAUUCCAGAGGCGAGGAGGAAAUCGGAGAAACCGCGUUUCUUGUUUUGUUUUCACGGCUGAAUGAACUGGAGGGACUUUUUUUUUUUUUUUUUUUACACUCUGAAGAACAACGUGUUUUAUGGAUCGCUGCGCAGCGACGGACGCCGGGAGUUGCAGGCUUCGCUCUUACGCGUCGAUCAUGUUGAUACCUCGCUGCUGCUGUGAACUUUGGUAGAUGUUCGCAGACAAACCUCCAGAAAGAGACAACGUUCGCCCCGAGUAUAAAUACGCUCAGAUUGACAGCGGAAGUGGGAAGCGCCUUUUUGCCCUCCCUCAUUUUUCCUUCCCCGAAGACGUCGGGACGGUCCACUCUGUCUCUCCUUCUGCGGCUCUAACAAAGACCAAAGCGUUUGGGGAUAGCAUGGCAAUGGUAGUAAACCAGUGGCCAGAGAACAUUUCUGCAGAUCCGGGGUCCCAGCUCCAGAUAUGUGGCCAGGAGCCAGGCGGGGCCCCGGGGACCCCCAACGGUUCCACCCCGGGGAACGACGCGCUGUCUGGGGACAAGAUCCCCAACGUGGACUGCAUGGUGUGCGGGGACAAGUCCAGCGGGAAGCAUUACGGCCAGUUCACCUGCGAGGGAUGCAAGAGCUUCUUUAAGCGCUCGGUGAGGCGGAACCUCUCGUACACCUGCCGGGGGAACCGAGACUGUCCCAUCGACCAGCACCACCGGAACCAGUGCCAGUACUGCCGGCUGAAGAAGUGCCUCAAGGUCGGCAUGAGAAGAGAGGGUAAGACCAUAGCUGUGCAGCGAGGACGCACGUCGAACUCCCAGACCAGCCCGGGACAGUACCUGACCAACGGCACCGACCCGUACAACGGCCAGCCCUACCUGUCCGGCUUCAUCUCUCUGUUGCUGCGCGCCGAGCCCUACCCCACGUCUCGCUACGGGGCCCAGUGCAUGCAGGGAAACAACCUGAUGGGCAUUGAGAACAUCUGCGAGCUGGCGGCCCGGCUGCUCUUCAGCGCUGUCGAGUGGGCCAAGAACAUCCCCUUUUUCCCUGAUCUGCAGCUGAUGGACCAGGUGGCGUUGUUGCGCAUGUCGUGGAGCGAGCUCUUCGUCCUCAACGCCGCCCAGUGCUCCAUGCCGCUGCACGUGGCGCCCCUGUUGGCGGCCGCAGGCCUGCACGCGUCGCCCAUGUCAGCGGAGCGCGUCGUGGCCUUCAUGGACCACAUCCGUGUCUUCCAGGAGCAGGUGGAGAAGCUGAAGGCCCUGCAGGUGGACACGGCAGAGUAUUCCUGCCUCAAGUCCAUCGUGCUCUUCACGUCUGACGCGAUGGGGCUCUCAGACGUGGCCCACGUGGAGAGCAUCCAGGAGAAGUCCCAGUGCGCCCUGGAGGAGUAUGUAAGGAACCAGUACCCGAGCCAGCCCAACCGCUUCGGACGCCUCCUCCUGCGCCUGCCCUCCCUGCGCAUCGUCUCCUCUCCGGUCAUCGAGCAGCUGUUUUUCGUCCGCCUGGUGGGCAAGACGCCCAUCGAGACGCUGCUCCGCGACAUGCUGCUCUCGGGCUCCAGCUACAACUGGCCCUACAUGCCCGCCGUGCAGCGCGACCGCCCCAUCUCCCUCCACUACAACGAGAACGGGCCCUGAGGUGGAGGAGCUGUGGGAAGGAAAUGCGGGGGCUGCAACGUCCAUCUUCCACCGAUCCAUCCUCCAAACCCCCCCCCCCCCCCCUCCACCUGCCUGCCCCCCCUCCCCUCACCAUCCUGCUCAAAAACCCAACUGACAACGUAAUGCAUUACCGCCCCGGUUACACGAGCCAGCCGACUUGAGACGUGAGCGCGAGAUGGACGAGUUGGUAGAACGGGUCAUUGCGCAGUUCACCAGCAGGUCUGUUGGACUCACUUCAGAUUUCAGUCUCGAACAACCCCCCCCCAGUCCUGUCCCCCUACAGGGGCAGUUAAAGACAAAACCGGUGGUUCAUCGUUGGUGCUAGCCUGCAUUUACGGAGGCCGUGUACGUGCAUCUCAGUAUGCACAGUACUGAGCAAAGGGCUUCGCCAAUGGGACUCUAAAAACCACGAGCACAAGGUCCGCUGUGUAAUAUACCAUUUUUUUUAAAACAGAAAGCCAGAAGCCAUUAAAAGAAGACAAAUGCCAAAAUGUCUCGGACUUUUGCAGAGGAUAUGUUUUACCGUGCGUGUGUUUGUAUUGGCACUGUUUAUAUGGAGAGAGAACUCAUGAUUGUGUCCAUAUGUACAGUAUAUUGUUGAUUCAUAGGCAUCUAUAGCAUAUUAGGGUUCAAUGGGAAAAGCUCAGGUCCAAAGGGUGAGUUAGCCAGACAGACACGCCAACACAGUACAAGAGCAAAAUAACAGUAGAAAUUUACAGUUAUCAGCAGCCUGUGCCAAAGCUGAGAAAUGCAUAUUGUUUGAAUAUCUUCGUGGUAGUUUUGGUGACAACGAUUCUGUGACUAUUAUUUGACUAUAUACUGUUCUGUUUGGAUCUCAGGGGGCAGAGAGACAAAAUAGAUAACAGCCUAGGCACUUGCAUUGUAAACCAGUCCGAACCGACACUUAUGACUCCUGGAAACUCCCAGCACUGGUAGGUUCCAUCGACCUUGUCACUUAUUCAAAAGGCCCAUUGAAACUUCUUACUUGGUGUCAUCACAGGAGUGUUUUAUUGUCAACGAUGGACCUUCAUGAACCGGGCCGGGGGGGGAGGGAGGGAGCAUUUUACGAAACUAGCUGUACUUGCCUUAGAACAAAGAUUUUGUCACUGAGCAUUUAUCUUAUGACUGUGCCAUAAUCUCUCGUUUCCUGUUAUAACAGGUAUUAUGUCCUGUCAGGAGAGGAAAGGAACUCACACAAUGUAAACAUGUCAACAUAAAGUCGUAGAAAAUCAAUGCAAACUAUGGUGAUUUUAUUUUUAUGCAUCAGUAGAGAGAACGGAUAUUUCUGCUUGGACAUCAUCAGCACUUUCAUUUUUAUUUAGACGUCAGGCGAGUUCUUUUCCACUUUCCUGGUGAUAUCGUCACGUAGCGAAAACCCCCUCGACUCUCGUCAUGAGCGAAUCGUACCGAUAUCCUAGCGAAAAGUGUCACUAACCUCUGAAAACCUCAGUCUAUGUUACAAUACGAUCCCCGUUGGACUUAUGACUGUGACUUAGUUUAGGACUAUUUUAAGUUGUUUUUCUUGUUUUGUUCUUCCCCUUGGUGGAAGUUUGUUUUGACAACUUGUCUCACAUUUCCAGCAUGGCACUGUGGUGUAAACAUUAGCAUUGAAAAAGCCAUCCGGGACCUUGGAAAGCUGUCUGUUGAUGAUGAAUUCACAGAAAGCUCCUAUGAGUUUGUGUUUAUCCCCUCUUCUUUUGUUUGGAAAUAUGGACUAUCCCUUAAUUGAAAUAAAAUUCUGUUGUUCACAGCAA